AGUGUCAGCUUCACCUUAACCCUUCCCUGCCGGGAUUCGCUGCAGUAUUAUUGUGUUUGGGGAAGAUCAGCACAUCAGAUGACUGACCAGUAGCGCCCAGAAGAACCUCCUCCGCAUAUCCAAUGCCUGCUCCCCAAGACAGUAUUCGCUGAACAGUUCCUACGGAGUCUCAGGAACUGUCCCACGAGAAUGCCUUCAAUCAACCUGCUAGGGUGGCAAGACGAGGCAUGUACAAGGGUAUUACCGCUACAUGGUUUACGAUAUAUUUUAUGGCACCACCACCCAGCACAGAUCCAGAAAAACCAGAAAGUGAUCGGUAAUCUAUUUGAUGCUUGACAUUAUGGUGGCAGUUUUAUCUUCUCUGUUGACAAUUUGCAUUAUCCUCAGCUUUUCUCUCCCAUCCGAUACCCAGAAUAUCAAUGCCUUUAUGGAAAAGCACAUUGUUAAGGAAGGAGCUGAAACAAACUGCAACCAAACCAUCAAAGACAGAAACAUCCGGUUUAAAAACAACUGCAAAUUCCGCAACACCUUUAUUCAUGAUACCAAUGGUAAAAAGGUGAAGGAGAUGUGCGCUGGGAUUGUCAAAUCUACCUUUGUGAUCAGCAAGGAACUGCUGCCUCUCACUGACUGCUUGUUGAUGGGACGUACUGCAAGACCCCCAAAUUGUGCUUAUAAUCAAACAAGAACAACUGGGGUCAUUAAUAUCACUUGUGAAAACAAUUACCCUGUGCACUUUGCUGGGUACAAAUCAAGCUUCUGUGCUUCAUAUUCUCCAUGUGCCUUAAUAGUAAUAACUGUUUUCCUGCUCAGCCAGCUACUGCUCCCUGCUAUGAGAUGAUGCCCAGAAACGGGAGUAUCAAUAGCUAAAACUAGAAGGACUGAUAGUGAUGGAUGAUUGUUCCUAAGUCAUUUAGAGAUCUACCUGUGUUCACUUCCAAACAAAGAAGACAUAGGUAUAAUUGAAUCAACCGUGACAUAGACUGACUUCUAAAUAAUAAAAGCAACAUUUUCUGUUUUAACAAAA